AUGAAGCAGGUCGGCAAUGUUUACGCUAUCGCAGCCGUCUCCAUUAUCGGAGGCGGUCUGUUUGGUUUCGACAUUUCUUCCAUGAGCGCCAUCAUCGCCGGUAAAGGCUACCUCUGCUACUUCAACCAAGGCGGACCAGGAGAAUGUCUCGGUCCCGACUCCUCAGUGCAAGGCGGUAUCACGGCCUCGAUGGCUGGUGGUUCCUGGCUCGCUUCUCUCGUCUCUGGAUUCAUCUCGGACGCCUACGGUCGUAAGACUGCCAUCAUGAUCGGCGCAGUCAUCUGGGUCAUCGGUUGCAUUAUUGUCGCCGCUGCUCAAAACAUCCCAAUGCUUAUCGUCGGUCGCAUCAUCAACGGUUUCUGCGUGGGUAUCUGCUCCGCUCAGGUUCCCGUCUAUAUCAGUGAGAUAGCACCGCCAACCAAGCGUGGCCGACUCGUUGGCGCACAACAGUGGGCAAUCACCUGGGGCAUUCUGAUCAUGUUCUACAUCUCGUACGGCUGCUCGUUCCUCGAUGGACCAUCGGCCUUCCGAAUUCCAUGGGCCCUUCAGAUGAUUCCAGCCAUCAUGUUGUUCUUCGGCAUGAUGUUCUUGCCUGAAUCACCACGUUGGCUCGCCUCAAAGGACAAGUGGGAGCAAUGCGAACAAGUUCUGAUCCUCACACACGGCAAGGGUGACCCGAACUCACCUUGGGUCGCUCGCGAGUUCGCCGAGAUUAAAGAGUGGCUUGAGAUUGAACGUCAAAGCAAGCAAGUCAGCUAUCUCGAGCUCUUCUCCCCUCGCUACAUCAACCGCACUCACAUCGGUCUUUUUACUCAAAUCUGGUCUCAGCUUACUGGAAUGAACGUGAUGAUGUACUACAUUACGUAUGUCUUCGCGAUGGCCGGUCUCACUGGAAACACACUUCUUGUCUCAUCCUCAAUUCAAUACGUGAUCAACGUCGGCAUGACCGUACCAGCACUCAUCUGGAUCGACCGCGUCGGCCGUCGCCCAACCCUCCUCAUCGGCAGCACGCUGAUGGCAACCUGGCUCUUCGCCAAUGCCGGGAUUCUUGCAACCUACGGCACCUACCCAGGCCCCAACGGCGUCGGCGGAAUCAAAGAAGCCUCCACUGAAGUCACCGGCGCUGCCUCAAAAGCCGUAAUCGCCUGCUCCUACCUCUUCGUAGCCUCCUACGCGCCUACCUGGGGUCCAGUCUCCUGGAUCUACCCACCAGAACUAUACCCAAACCACUUGCGAGGAAAGGCAGUCGCGCUCUCUACAUCCGGAAACUGGGCCUUCAACUUCGCUCUCGGAUACUUCGUCCCGCCAGCUUUCAUCUCAAUCCGAUGGAAGACAUACCUAAUCUUCGCCAUCUUCUGCGUUGCCAUGACCAUUCAUGUUUUCUUCCUUUUCCCGGAAACUGCGGGCAAGCCGCUUGAGGAGGUUACGGAGAUGUUUGAGGAUCCGAAUGGUAUUCCAUAUAUUGGUACACCGGCUUGGAAGACUAGGAGUCAGACUCGACAGACGGAGAGGUUGGAGCAUGGUGAGGGUUUGGAGGCGAAGAAGGUUGACGAUGAGACGUCUCCUGAACGUCAUGAGAGUGUUGCUGUUGCUAAGCAGGAGGUUUGA